AUGUUCAACGCCCUCAAUCGCUUCAUAUCCCGCCUCGACGGCGAGGACCCACGCCAAAAACAACAACAAGGGCUGUUCGGCUUUCAGGUCCUGCGAAACGCAAACCAACAACUCGCGAUUGAACCGUGGUUUGACUUUAUCGUGGGAAUCAAUGGGCGCGUGAUUGAUGAUCCGAGCCCGAACCUCUUCGCCCAAGAGAUCCGCAACUGCGCCGGCAGCACCGUAACCCUCGGCCUGUGGAGCGCCAAAGGCCAGCGCACCCGCACCCUUCACGUCCCCGUCCCGCCCGACACGGCCUCCCUCGGCCUCGCCCUGCAGUGGACCUCCCUCGCGGCCGUGACCAACAUCUGGCACGUCCUCGAUGUCCCUGCCGGCUCGCCCGCUGAUCUUGCCGGCCUGCUGCCGUACAGCGACUACAUCCUGGGCUCGCCCGAGGGCGCUCUUCACGGCGAGAGCGGCCUGUCCGAGAUCGUCGAGGACCACAUUGGCCGUCCGCUGCGCCUGUACGUCUACAACAACGAGUACGACGUCACGCGCGAGGUGACACUGCAACCGAGCCGCGCCUGGGGCGGCGAGGGGGCUCUGGGGUGCGUGCUGGGCUAUGGGGCGCUGCACCGCCUGCCUGCGCCGCUGAGCGAGCCUGUCCAUGCACCUGGGGAGAUGAUGUUUGAUGGCGGCGAACUGUCUGAAAAGACACCCUACCCGGCGGGGAUCAUGGCGUCGCCCAUGGACGCUUCAGCCAACUUUAUCACGCCCGCCGACCAGGGGGCGCAGGGUGCAGCGCCGGGCGGCGGCGAUUUCCUGGUUCCAGCGCAGAUCGCGAGUGCGACGCCGCCACCGCCGGCAGGGAACGCGCCGCCGAGGAGUCAGAAGAAGAAAGACAGGCAAGCGAACCGUGGGGGCAACAGCAUGGACGAUUACUUCAACGAGCAGGAGCAGAAGAGCAGGGAGCUGGACAGGCCAGAGACGACUCGGAGCAAGAGCCCCUUAGCACCUCCGCCAAAGGCAGAUACACCGAAAGAGGAAGAAAAAGAGGCAGGUGGCGAGUAA